GCAACUUUCAACUUUCAACAUUCCCCUAAUUCAUCUCUUUCUUUUCCCACUCCGUCUCAAUUUUGUAAAACAACCCAAAACCAUUCAUAUAACAAAGAUUGCAAUUUUCAACCUCAACAACUGUUUAAGGUUUCUGGGCCGGCCUUGUUUUUUUCAUUUGUUUAGUCCUAUGAAUCAAUGAUAAUUUUUAGUUCUGUGUCUGUGUCAAUUCCUGUACAGAGACUUCACAAGAUCAUAGAAAGAGUGUUGACAGUGUCAGACACGCGGUUGUUCUGCCAUUCGGACAAGCUUCCAUCCAUUGCUGGGUUGUCAUUGAGUUGAUUACAGGUUUUUUUUGUAGUCUAACUCAUCAAUCAUCAUCAUAAUUCAUAAUGGGUUCUAAAUCAAAUUUAAAACAUGGGUCAUCUAUGGUUAGAAAGAUAACCCAAUUGAGCAAUGAUAUGGAUCAAGAAACUGAGAGUGCGAGUGGAAAUGUUGGUCUUAAUACCUACUCAGUGCAAAUUCCAAAAACACCUGAUAACCAACCUAUGGCUAUGGACAUUUCUCUUGAGAGAUCAACUUCUAGGAGAGUCGAGGAUCAAUAUGCGUCGAGUUCGAUGUUUACCGGCGGUUUUAAUCAGGUUACAAGAGCCCAAUUGAAGGAUAAGGUGAUUGAGUCUGAGUCCAGCCAUCCGCAGAUGGCUGGAACUAAAGGGUCGGCGUGUGCAGUUCCGGGGUGUGAUGGAAAGGUUAUGAAUGAUGAAAGAGGGUUGGAUUUACUUCCUUGUGAUUGUGGUUACAAGAUUUGUAGGGAUUGUUAUAGAGAUAGUUUGAGGAUUGGUGAAGGGAUUUGUCCUGGAUGCAAAGAGCCUUACCAAGAGGAGCAAGAGAUGGAGGAAGAGGCUGCUCAUGUGGUCAAUCAACGGGAAUCACUACCUUUGUCACCGAGUGCUGGCGCGUCGAAGAUGGAGAGGAGAUUGUCGUUGAUGAAAUCCGGGCCUUUGAUGAGGAGUCAAACUAAUGAAUUUGAUCAUGCUCAAUGGUUAUUUGAGACUAAAGGGAGUUAUGGAUAUGGAAAUGCUGUGUGGCCUAAAGAUUCUGAGGAUGAUGCUAGUUCGGAUUGGAUGGGUGGUGACCCUAAUGUUUUCCAAGAAAAGGCGUGGAGGCCUUUGACUCGGAAAUUGAGUAUCUCUGCCGCAAUUCUCAGUCCUUAUCGACUCAUAAUAUUAGCUCGGAUGGUAAUUCUCGUUUUCUUCCUAAAGUGGAGGGUAGAAAAUCCAAACGAUGAUGCACUCUGGCUGUGGAGCAUGUCUGUAGUUUGUGAAAUCUGGUUUGCAUUCUCCUGGCUUCUUGAUCAGCUCCCUAAACUCUUUCCGAUAAACCGUGUUGCUGAUUUGGAUGUUUUGAAAGAGAAGUUUGAAACUCCUAGUCCAACAAAUCCAAGUGGAAAAUCCGAUCUUCCAGGAAUCGAUAUGUUUGUGUCAACUGCUGAUCCAGAAAAAGAACCGCCCCUUGUUACUGCAAAUACUAUUCUUUCUAUUCUAGCGGCUGAUUAUCCUGUUGAGAAACUUUCGUGUUAUGUCUCUGAUGAUGGUGGUUCGCUUCUAACUUUUGAGGCCAUGGCGGAGGCAGCAAGUUUUGCCAAUUUGUGGGUUCCUUUUUGUCGGAAGCAUGACAUUGAACCUAGGAACCCAGAAUCUUAUUUUAGUCUAAAGAGAGAUCCCUACAAGAACAAAGUACGCUCCGACUUUGUAAGGGACCGGAGAAGGGUGAAGCGUGAGUAUGAUGAAUUCAAGGUUCGGAUUAAUGGCCUCCCUGAUUCAAUCCGGAGGCGCGCUGACGCUUAUAAUGCUAGAGAGGAGAUCAAAGCUAUGAAGCUGUGGAGAGAGGCUGAAAAUGAUGAACCAAUGGAGAAUUUGAAAAUUCCUAAAGCUACUUGGAUGGCUGAUGGUACUCACUGGCCCGGGACUUGGACACAUUCUGCACCCGAGCAUUCUCGUAGUGAUCAUGCCAGUAUCAUACAGGUAAUGUUGAAACCUCCAAGUGAUGAGCCACUGAGUUGCACACCAUCAGAUUCAAAUGCCAUGGAUUUGACUGAAGUUGAUAUACGACUUCCUAUACUUGUCUAUGUUUCUCGCGAAAAGCGACCGGGCUAUGAUCACAACAAGAAGGCUGGUGCCAUGAAUGCCCUAGUUCGAGCUUCGGCCAUUAUGUCCAAUGGCCCUUUCAUACUUAAUCUUGACUGUGACCAUUACAUAUAUAACUCUCAGGCACUGAGGGAAGGUAUGUGUUACAUGAUGGACCGCGAUGGGGACAGGAUCUGCUAUGUUCAAUUUCCUCAAAGGUUUGAAGGAAUUGACCCUUCUGAUCGAUAUGCUAAUCAUAAUACUGUCUUCUUUGAUGUCAAUAUGCGAGCUCUUGACGGGAUUCAGGGUCCUGUAUAUGUUGGCACCGGAUGUCUAUUUCGAAGAACUGCACUUUAUGGUUUUGAUCCGCCUCGGGUGCAAGAAGAGGCUGCCAGUUGGUUCGGUAGUAAGAAAAAGAAAUCCUCAUCAGUUGCUUCGGUCCCUGAAGUAGGUUCUGAAGAGGACCAGUCUUUUAGGAAUGGAAGCAUUGACGAUGAAGAAAUGAUUACUUCUCUUAUUCCUAAGAAAUUCGGCAACUCGAGUCUUUUUGUUGAUUCAAUCAGGGUGGCAGAGUUUCAAGGUAGACCACUUGCUGAUCAUCCGUCAAUAAAAAAUGGACGUCAACCCGGCGCUCUGACACUUCGUCGAGAUCUUCUUGAUGCUGCUACUGUCGCUGAGGCGAUCAACGUCAUCUCGUGCUGGUAUGAAGAUAAAACAGAAUGGGGUGAUAGAGUUGGAUGGAUUUACGGGUCGGUAACUGAGGAUGUUGUGACAGGUUAUAGAAUGCACAAUAGAGGAUGGAGAUCUGUCUAUUGUGUUACCAAGAGGGAUGCCUUCCGAGGUACCGCUCCAAUCAAUCUGACCGACCGCCUUCAUCAAGUUCUUCGAUGGGCAACUGGCUCAGUCGAAAUAUUCUUUUCGCGCAACAACGCUCUUUUUGCUAACACUAGAUUGAAAUUUCUGCAAAGGAUUGCUUAUCUUAAUGUCGGAAUCUAUCCAUUCACUUCCAUCUUCCUUGUCGUUUACUGCUUCCUCCCGGCGCUUUCGCUUUUCUCCGGUCAAUUCAUUGUCCAAUCUCUUAAAGUCACUUUCUUAGUAUACCUCAUGGGAAUCACAGUGACACUUAUUCUCCUCGCUGCUCUCGAGAUCAAGUGGUCAGGUAUCGAACUUGAAGAAUGGUGGCGAAACGAGCAAUUCUGGUUAAUUGGAGGCACAAGUGCACAUCUAGCUGCUGUUCUUCAAGGCCUACUUAAGGUAGUAGCCGGCAUUGAAAUUUCGUUCACUUUAACUUCAAAAUCCUCCGGCGACGACGAAAACGAUGAAUACGCUGAACUAUAUCUCAUCAAAUGGUCUUCCUUAAUGAUACUACCAAUCACAAUCAUGAUGGUUAAUUUGAUAGCGAUUGCGGUCGCGGUUAGUAGGACUAUAUAUAGCGACGAUCGACAAUGGAGUAGUUUACUUGGAGGUGUAUUUUUCAGCUUUUGGGUAUUGGCUCAUUUAUAUCCAUUUGCAAAAGGACUUAUGGGUAGAAGAGGUAGAACACCAACUAUUGUUUUUGUUUGGUCAGCUUUAAUAGCAAUCACUAUAUCACUUUUAUGGGUUGCUAUUGAUCCUCCUUCUGGUCAAAAUCAAAUUGGAGGCUCAUUCCAAUUCCCUUGAUUUUUAUAGUGCUUAUAACUUUUUGAAGUAGCACUUGUAAGUAACUCAAACAAGUUUUUUUUCUCUUUCAUUGGUCACAUUUUCUAGUUACCAAUCAUUGUUUGCUAUGCUAUAUUGAUCAUAGAAGAACAUUAAUAUACUUUUUUUUUUCUCA